AUGGAUUUGAACCUCUGUAGGCAGCUGAAAGACAAGUGGGGGCUCGGGAUGAUUGCUCAGUACGAGCUCUAUGCGGAUAUGCUCGCUCGUGGCCAUUUUUCAUGCAGAGUUUCCAGGAACUCGAAAUCAUCCAAUUUGCUGCUCCAGGCAAACCAUUCUUCGCAAAUUGGUUUUCCAUCUGAUAUAACCGCGGUUUCAUUGGGUGGUAAAUUAUCUUCCAGUGGGAGGGGUGUUGUUGCAGCAAAAGCUGCAGUGAUACCUGACGGAGGUGAAACUUUGCCUUAUCCUGGUGAUUUUGCAGUGAGCGAGACUCUGAUUGGUGAGGAAUCAGUUGGCAUUCAAUUGCAGCCUGAUGCAGUAGUGUUUGGAGCGCUUGCAGCUGAUACUGCACCUAUAAGCACUUCUUUCCCCAUUGAAGAUGAUGAAUUUGACUUGGACCAACCCACGACAGGCUUUGCAUCUGUUCCAGAAGCAAUUGAGGACAUCCGCCAAGGAAAGAUUGUAGUGGCGGUAGACGACGAGGACAGGGAGAAUGAGGGUGAUCUUAUAAUGGCAGCAGAAAUGGCAACACCUGAGGCUAUGGCAUUUAUUGUGAAGCAUGGCGCUGGGAUUGUUUGUGUGAUCAUGAAAGAGGAAGAUUUGGAGCGCUUGCAACUUCCUUUGAUGGUGAAUCAGAGGCAGAAUGAAGAGAAGCUUCGGACUGCAUUCACUGUGACUGUGGUAUGUGCUUUUAUUACACCAUAUCCUUUUUCAAUACAUGAGGUUUUUCUCAAAACUUAGAGUUGAUUUUUUGAU